AUUUGUUGAAGACAGAAAAAAAAAUUGUCCCAAGGUGGGAUCAAACACACAACCUUCCUGCACUUCCAAAUAAGCUAACUGAACACUGUAACAACAACUAUGAUGUUUUAUAUUCUCACCCACCAUCUAAUGGUUGAAAAAAUUGCUCUGAUACAAAACUUAUUACUUGUUCUUCAGGCGUACGUAUUCAACGUAGUGAUGAGCGUCUACACUGCCUGAAUUCUACCAGAAGUAGAACAAGAAGAACGUAGUGACAAAACGUGCUCUGUACCGCUGUUUGUCCGUUUUGAGCUACUGUAGAAACAUGGCGGCGCAACAUGGCGACAUCCAGGGAAGGGGAACCCACAGUUAUGUAGCUAUAAAUGUCUCAUUCUAAGGGCUCAUCAUGAUCGGCGUGAUCAUUGCGUCCAGGAAAGUUGGCAUCAACCCUGACAAUGUGGCCACGCCCAUCGCUGCUAGCCUGGGGGACCUGAUCACUCUGUCCCUGCUGGCAGGCGUCUCAACAGGACUGUACAAGGAACUAGAGUUCAACGACUAUGCCAGUCCGCUGGUGUGUGUGGUGUUUGUGGCAUUGUGCCCCCUUUGGGUGCUGAUAGCCAGGAAGAUCCCGUCCACCAGAGAGCUCCUGUACUCCGGCUGGGAGCCCGUCAUCAUCGCCAUGGCCAUCAGCAGUGUUGGUGGUUUGAUACUCGACAAGACUGUCACCAACCCGAACUUUGCUGGAAUGGCGGUCUUCACCCCGGUCAUCAACGGUGUGGGAGGUAACCUGGUUGCGGUCCAGGCCAGUCGAAUCUCCACCUAUCUGCACAUGAACGGUCUACCCAUGGGGGAUCCUAACCCCACCCCCAGGAAGUGCCCCACACCCUGCACCUCCUUCUUUGGCUCCUCUGUAAACUCUCGUUCGGCCCGUGUGCUCUUCCUCUUGGUCGCCCCGGGUCACCUCGUCUUCCUCUACACCAUCAACUCUCUGAGGGGGGGCCACACCACCCUGACAACCAUCUUCGUUACCUUCUACCUGGCUGCUGCUCUACUACAGGUGAUAAUCCUUCUCUACCUGGCAGACUGGAUGGUGCACUGGAUGUGGGGCCGAGGCAUGGACCCCGACAACUUCUCAAUCCCUUACCUGACUGCUCUGGGUGACCUGCUGGGGACCGGCUUCCUCGCCCUCUGCUUCCACAUGCGCUGGUUCAUUGGGGACCGAGACUCUAACGUGGGCAACUGAAUGCAUGCACAGACAGAGACACAUGCACAGAAAACAGAAAACACUUCACAUACUGUACGCUUGCACACAUGGACAGUGAUGAACGUCACCCAUAUGGCUGCACUUAUCUGAAACUGGACAUGUCUACAUUAAAAGGGCUAAUCUCCUUUAGGGCUCUGAUCGACGGUAUAGUGUAGCGUUGAUGUGUCAUCUUCAGUAUAUCAGGACGCAGAGGCACCGCAGCAGCCCACAAUCUGGACAGUAUCAUGUGUUUCACAUUAGAAACAUGGACACAUAUCUCCACCUCAUCCACCGAACAAAAGUCCACUUGACGGAUCCAGCCCCACAGACUCAGCUCCUCCUCCUUUAUUUUACUUAAUAACGGAGUCCUACUACUUUUGAUAUUGUUAUACUAUGGACAAUGAUUAUUGAUGUUGGUAAAUAAUGCAUUUGAUAUGAAACGAUAUCUAAUCUAUGUGCAAAGUCAGUCCUCAUUAUUUUCAAUGGGGACGUUACUUCCCAUUUUUAAAGAUCAAGUUUUAACACUUGAUGACAAAAGACAGCAAAAAAUAUAUCCAAACAAUCUGAGAAUGCUUAAUCACCAAGUGCUACGUCUUUUAUACAGACUGAAAUCACAUAAAACGCAAAUUCAUGUCAUUUCUGAUUCAGCAGAGCAUUGAGGGCUAGCUGUCACCUCUGUUUCACUUUGGACAGGCGACUGGAACACAAACAUACAAACUAAGUCCCUUUUUGGCUUCGCUGCGAUCAGAAGGCUUCACUGGAGUCAGAACAGGAACCUGAUUACUGCGCUUACUUCAUUCCCCUCAGUUCUGGGCUUGAGAAUUAGGAAUUUCAGAACUGAAGUCAGAUCACAAUACAACAAACACUUACAUCAGGCGCUCCAAGAACGGAUUUACCUCUGAUUUUGUUAGUGGCAGAGAAUCACCUAAUUAACACCUAUUUAAAUGUUUCUGUAAACGAGGAUUGUGUGUUGAUUCAUUUUAUUCCUCAGACUUCCACAAAGGUUCCACUGCUUCCUUUUUUGGCCAGAUCUUCUAAAAGCUGCCAUAGUGAAAUGUCCUUAGUAAGAUUCUUUGUUUGAACAAACACACAGAGCCAGUGGGAAACCGUAUGUGUAAAAUACAACUAGUUAGGAACGUGUCGGACACACAAAAACACACUCGCGGUUUGUUGCAGCACACCAUGGGCUGUACCAGGUGAGAAUAGCAUCAGUCCCUCUUUCUGAAAACAUCUGCCAUCUCACUAUUGGAGCAGGCUACUUGUUGUUUUUGUGUUGCCCAAGCCAGGCUUACAGUAAGUGAAAAGAAGGUCAACAUGCUGCAGCGCACUGGAAACAGCUCGCAGAGCUCAGCCAGCAUGGGACAAAGUGUGAAAUUGUGUUAUGUUGCCUUAGCCAGGAUGAGCUCACCCAGUUUUAGCUGUAGUCUGACACCAGAUCAAAGGUACUGACUGCUAGUAUUUACUGUGGAUAUUAUAUAUCUUUAGAUAUCUCUAUAUCUUUUAAUUUGACAAUUUAAAUUCCCACAAGUCAUUAGUUAGAUGUUGAAUACUUCCAGUGAAAGACCAAUGAAUUUGUUUGAGGUUGGUUAACAGAAAGUGAUGUAAAAGGUUCUAGUAUUUUAGUUAGUAGUUAAAGCUGUCCCGUCACUUCACUUCAGUGGAAUCACUGCGGUCAGUGAAAAUGUUUCGUGUUGAGACUCUUUGACAGUGCUGACCAUGGAGGACCAGAGGAGAGUGGAGGUAGCUAUCAUAGCUUAUCAGCUGUGUUGCUGCAUCCACUUUUUGUUCCUGUGGACGUUUUUUUGGUAGAUGAAUAUCCCUCGUCUGUCACAGUGUAAACAGCUCCACACACGAGGAGUGGUUUGUAGUUGAUGGUAGAAAUAUAUGUUUUUAAAUGAACUGUGUGAACUUAUUCUCCUGUUAGGAGAAUGUAAGUUCUGAAAGCUAACGUGUCAGUUAGCAAGCCUAUUAGGGAACCGGAGGCUGCUAACAUAUUAUCUGUGUCACAUCAUCCAGUUGCGUGUGUUUCCUUAGAUUUAACUUCUUAGUGAGCACAAGCAGUCGCCAGCUUCCACCACCUCUUUCUCCAGGACACACACAUUCACUUUGUUGUGCUGGUUCCUGGUGUGAUUCUUCAGAAUCUGUGGCGUGGGAUAGAAUAAAAAUCUAGAAACGUGUUGGUUUUUUUUGUUGUCACACACAAAUAUUAUAAACCAACUAUGAGUAAUCACUCACUUUACUCAGUGAAGGACUGUACGGUGUUUAAUCAGUGGGCAAAAUGUUCGUCUCACAGUGUUUGUGGACUUACAGGUGAGGAGGAAGAGAAUGAAAAAGGCAGUUUUGAGCCAUUUUGACAGACCGUAACAAGUACAGAUGUUAGCCCAGAGGCAAAGCCCAGAGUCUUAGGGGGAUCCUGCAUGUGAUGCUUGACCUGUCAGUGUGUGACUUCUGUGCUGUUUGGAAGGGGCCAGCAGAAUGCAUGUGCAGGGCACAUAUUGUGAAUGUGCAAAACUUAUUAUAUUAUUAUUUUAUCAGUUCAAAUCUUUUGUUUUGGUCUGACUGAUUUUUUUAAAAACCUGUCUCUUAUCUUAUUUUUUUCUAUUCCUUUUCUCCUUUCCCUAUAUUUUUUUUUUAAACUCUUCAUGAUUUUUGUUAUGUGUCAUGAAUUUCAUCAAACAAACAACCACUGUAAAGAUGAAGCAGUUUGUUGGUAAAAUGCACACAGUACUGUAAUCUGUAAACCGGACAGCAGAGGGCACUGCAGGAAUUCUCUUCACUCUACAAUGCUCAGUGCAUCUCUGUGUCCUCCGGAUUCAAACCCACACAUGUCCACCCAGAGUGACAUUUGUUUUGUCUCCUUUUGUCUCUACGGUGUAUGAAUUGUUGUACAGUUGCAUCCUUCCGUCUGUUCACUCAGUCUGUACCCUCCACCCUCUCACUGAGCAGGUGCCAGCGUUCUGCCUCUAUGUCAAUGGAAAGUUGUGAAUACUUCUGUAAGGGGGCACGUAAUGCUUUGUCUAUUUAUUUUUAGAAGCACACAAAGCAAAUUGUACAUACUAUAUUUAUUCUAUAUAUAAGGUUGUUUAUUUUGUCAUUUCAUUUUGGCUCUGUUUCUUUGACACCAUGUGGUUCUCAUUUUUCUCUUCUUUUUUUUCUUUGCAAAAGGCCAGUAGAGCUUUUUGAUGCUUACCGCAAUAGAAUGGCGACGAGGCUAAUGAAUAGCACAGUGCCUAAUACCAGUCUUUACACACCUCACACAUAUGUACACACAGUCUGUCUCACACAAGGAAGCAUAUUAUAAGAUAUAGAAUGGCCUUAACCUAUCCGAGCCAAGCUCAACUCAGAGUAACCAAUCAGGAGCUCGGUUCGCCACAGAGUAGAGUCUCUUUAAUUACCUUUGAUUAAUAAAAGAUCUACAGUAAUUUGAUUAUGAUGUGAAAUGUAUUAAUGACUUUAUAUGAGGCAGCAGGGGAGAAGAGGGCUGGUAGCCUCUAAAGGUGGAUCUGUAAAAAUCAGGACUUGGAGGCUGAAAACCUUGACUGGUUGGACAGGGCGUCUGAAAGGUCUGGAGUUGAGUUGAGCACCAACAGAAGUAAGAUUUUAACCCACAAACACCUGAAAAGACAAAGUGCACCAUGAAAAAAUGCACUGAUGAUUCCAGAUGUUAAGAAUCCCCAGCCUUUAAAACCAUUCACCCACCCACUGCCUUGCUAACCUCAGUGCUACAAACCCCUGAGCCCCUGAACUCCCAGGGAACCACACUGACCCUCUGGCAUGGCACGGCCGAGCCUUCCAUCAGACUUCCACCGGUCUAAGUCAGCUGUGCUACCUCUGACAGACUGGACCUGAUGGGUCCAGUCUUGCUGGGGCCGAGGUAUUUACGGUCUCUGUGUUCUUCCUGUAAAAGCCCUCCCUCUGUGAGGUGGGAGGAAGGCUUUCUCCCUGCAGGACUUUUGCUGGAAAUAAAGGACUAUGUUAUUUCAUACCAUU